GAUAUAUUUCUGUCGCAAAGUAUCAUUUCCUUCGCAUAGAAGCAGAAAACCGAUAUAUACAAAUUCGUGAUCAUCACGCGCCUCCCUCUCUCUCUCUACUCUCUCUAUAUUCCCAUUUCUGCACUUACGCUGUGUCUCAGCUUUCAGGCUCACACAGGUUUUCUCUUCUCCUUUCUCUGCAACUACUUGAUCUUUCCCAUUUGUUUGCCGAGAAAUACAUACGAAAGGACGAGGAAACUCAGGGCUAGGUUUUCACUUUCUAUUUCCUUCUCUCUCUCUCUCUCUCUCUCUCUCUCUUUUCUGCAAGCAAACGGAUUUUUAGGCUCUAAUAAAUAUCUGCUUUGACGACUUGUACGAUUCAAAUCUCUGAUUUCUAGGUCCUCUUAGGAUCUCCGCUGUCAAUUCGAGUUCGUUUAUCUUCAGAUUCACCAAGUGGAGGCGAGGCAUUUCUGAGUCAUUGAAAAUAUGGUUUCCUUUGAGAUGAAUGACCGCAAGAAGAUUGGACUAGGGUUGACAGGAUUUGGCAUAUUUUUCUCAUUCCUGGGAAUCAUCUUCUUCUUUGACAAGGGAUUACUUGCCAUGGGAAAUAUACUCUUCUUCUCAGGGGUGACUCUCACCAUUGGACUGAAGUCUUCCAUGCAGUUCUUCAUGAAACGCCAAAAUUUUAAGGGAACAAUUUCUUUUGGUGUUGGCUUCUUGUUGGUUGUCAUAGGAUGGCCUAUUUUGGGCAUGAUUUUGGAGGCAUAUGGAUUCAUUGUACUCUUCAGUGGCUUCUGGCCAACACUGGCGGUUUUUCUGCAAAAGAUACCUAUUCUUGGUUGGUUGUUCCAACAGCCAUAUAUCAGAUCGUUCUUUGACCGGUAUCGGGGCAGACGGGUGCCUGUAUGAGGCAGAAAAAGACGUUUGAGGAAAGAUGCAGACAGACCCAGUUGCGGGGCGAAAGAAAAGUUCUUUCUUCAAACACCAUGGGAAACGAAAGUGAAAGGCCCAAUGUGUAUGCCAUGGUCUUUUACAUGAAGGUUCCUAACUGUUACCCCUAUCAGUUUCAAGCGCUAUUAUAAGUAUUUGGGCAAUGUUUAUGCGUGGUUCAAUCUUAAAAUGCCUAGUGCCCAGGAAAGAUUGGCAAUAGUGUAAUUAUACAUUGAACUUGUGUCCACCAUGAAAGGUUGGAGGAGAUAUGUGGUAACUCGUACUAUGGUUGGAAACAAUUCUUUUAAGCAUGCAGAAGCAGGAUGACUGAUGCUUCUGUCACGAGGCUAUAAAAAGUAACAAGGAAAGAGGAAAAUCUUGUGGACUGAUCCAACACAAGCAACUAUGUGAUAACAUUUAUUCAAAAUCUGGUGAAUGUAGAAGCAAAUAAUUAAG